GACUUUCUUGUCCCUCUAGCCUCUUCCUUAAUCACUUUAACAAAGACUACAAAAACCAUCAAACAAAACCUAUCUUUUCUCCCCUUAUAUAAACCAAAAAAAAAUCACUACAAUUAUUUAUUAAUUCUUCUAUAUUUGAUUCCUAUACCCUUUCCUUAAUAAAUCCAUUAUUAUUAUUCCUCUUCAAUUUUUUUUUUACUAAAUUCCAUAUAUUCAUCACUAGUUACAAAAAUUUUAUUAAUGGAUUUUUUCUACAAAGCCAAAGCUGUAAAAUUAAAAAGUCAUCUAGACAAGUACCUUGUAGCCGAUGAUGAUCAAGAAAAUAUCCGACAAUGCCGAAACGGCUCAUCAAGAAAAGCCCGGUGGCUUGUUGAGCUUGUCGAAGCCGAAAACAGCCACUUUAUUCGGCUUAAAAGUAGCUCCGGCAAGUAUCUCACGGCAUCCGACGAGCCGUUUCUUCUUGGCAUGACCGGAAAAAAGGUACUUCAAACUUUGCCUGAAAAGAUGAAAGACUUGAGAAUCGAAUGGGAAGUAAUAAGGGAUGGAUUUCAAGUAAAAUUAAGGGGUUUUGGAGGAAAAUAUUUACGUGCAAAUGGAGGAAUGCCACCAUGGAGAAAUAAAGUGACACAUGAUAAUCCUUAUAGUGGUAGCACACUAAAUUGGAUUUUGUGGAAUAUUGAACCUAUCGAUGUGCCCGAAAAUGAAUCGUUGACUGAUUAUUUAACUAUGGUUUCAAGUUUUUCAUCAGUUUCUGAUGAACUUUUAAGUUUGGAUUUAGGAUCUCCAACUUCCGUACAUUCGAGUUUUUCUUUCUCACCUAGGAGUGCUAAGAUUUCUUUACCAAAAAGAUCAGCAAUGGAGCUAUUUCACAAAGCAAAAGCUGUUCGUUUACAGAGUCACCAUGAAAAGUACGUAACAGCUGAAGAAGAUGAAGAAUCAGUAACUCAAGAUCGUAACGGAGCUUCAAAAAACGCGAAAUGGACAGUUGAAUUUGUUGAAAAAACCGAAAACGUUAUUCGAUUAAAGAGCUGUUAUGGGAAAUAUUUAACAGCUUCGAAUCAGCCAUUUCUUCUGGGUAUGACUGGGAGAAAAGUUCUUCAAACUUUGCCUAAUCGACUUGAUUCUUCGAUUGAAUGGGAACCCAUUGGAGAAGGACAUCAAGUUAAGCUAAGGACGAGAUAUGGGCAGUUUUUGAGGGGAAAUGGGGGUCUUCCUCCAUGGAGAAAUUCCGUUACUCAUGAUAUUCCUCUUCGUUCGAAAACUCAAGAUUGGGUUCUUUGGGAUGUUCAUGUUGUUGAAGUUUUGGCGCAUUCGACGGCGGAGACGGCGGCGGCGAUGGCGGAGACGACGGUGGUGGGUGGUAAUUCUGAUUCGUUUGCUUCUGAAUCGAGUUCUGCUACUACUACUGGUUCAUCAAAAUCUUACAGAUUUUCCAGACAAGAGUCAAGUGAUUCAUUGAUUAGUUCGCCGCCUAAGUUGGUAGAUGGAAGGCUUAUAUAUUAUCACAUUACGGAUGAAUUUGGAGAAAUUGAUGAAGGUACAGAGGGACGUUGCAUAACUUUCAAGGGAAAUAGUGUUGAUGAUCUAAAGAAGAGAUUGGAGGAGGAAACUGGGCUUGAGGAUAUUACUGUGUGUACUCGGAGUGCUUUGAAUGGGAAGCUUUAUCCUCUCCGUUUGCAGCUUCCUCCAAACAACGCAAAUAUGAACGUUAUUAUUUUGCCAUCUUCAUCUAAAGAGGCUAGAGAUAUUGCAUAACCAAGAAUGCCAUUGUAGCCCAACUCGUGGAGCACUUAACGUGGAUUGUUGCAGUAGAUGGAUGUAGCUGGAUUUUUGUAUCAGUAAAAGAUGAACGUCGUGUAAAUGUAUAUCUCCAUUGUUUAUUAAGCAUUUGUGCAUAAGGUUUUGAGUAUUGAGAGAGAUAUAAUAGUUACUAGAAUAUCUGCUCUUGAUGUUAAUAUCAUCAUAUACACUUCCACAGAAUAAUUGAAAAAAUUGAAAUCUGGUGGA